AUGAUAUUGAAAAAUUAUGACACGGUUCAAACCAUUUCUCAUUCAUCAUUAUUAAUAAGAUUAACUACUUAUGACAAUAUUAAUUUAGGAUUAGUAGAUAUUUGUGCAUAUCUUCAUCAACCAAAUCAUCUUUUAUUUGAAGUUAGUCGUUGUAAACAAACAAUAGCUCGACCAGCAACUAUCGGUGUAAUAUUUCUUAUGAUUGAAACUGUUUGCACUGGUUUUGCUGAUGAAGAAAAUCGUGAAGAUCAGGAGAGUCUUUGUUCAAUAGUUUUUAUUGCAUUCGAUGGUUUACUUCUUUUUACAUCUGAUUGA